GAAGUCAGAAAUGUAGAUAAACAAAUGUACCAUCAAUUGUAUCAUGAUAAAGCCUAGUUAUUGUUUGCUAGAAGUAUGCAGUAGAUCUGCUCUAUUUUUAAAAAAAAAUCUGUCCUGGUUUGGCUAUACAGGAAAAAAAAAAAAAAGUUCAAUCUCCAAUUCAAAUUUUGAACGGAUUAUUCAAAUUUAGCCCCGCGACUUUUAUUGUGAAAAGCCCAAAACAGAAGUGUGAGCCGCCGGUCUCUCCGCUUUGACAGUCGGUCUACGGGAUUAUUCGUGAACUCAAGUGCCCCCCAAUCCGCCGAUGAGAGCUUGAAACUGUUUUUACAGCUGACACACUUCCCAUUUCGACCAGGUUCAGCGGGAUUUCUUGUGGGGGCUAAGCGGCCGCUGCCUGUCUGUCCAUGCGGGCUCUUCUCCUCUCUGUGGAUGGUGCGUAAUAAUAUCAUCUGGAGAGGCCGAGGCCGACAUUUUACCCCGGUCCGGAGGAGCCUUAACUCCGUGGGGACAUCCGAGGACACGCGUUAAGGCUGGGAGGCUGAGAGCUGCAGGGUUGCGACAUGUGAAAAGAGCUCCACCCCUUGACCCUCUCAACUCUCAACCUUAGCAGAAUUCACUUGAACCGACAUUGUGACCACGACCUGACACCCUCCUGCCUCGGGCAUGCCUCAGCCGGGUAUGAAUGGGAUGGAGCCUGCGUUUGGCGAGGCCUACGGGGGACACAGGGGUCUGCUGAGCCCCUACCCUCUGGCCAUGUCGCCACAAGGGGGCAGGACUGAGUUCGACCAGAGCGUGCUCCUCAUGCUGGGCUCCCCAGCAUCGCCAAGGAAACGGCCCUUUGAGUUGCUUAGCGACCUGGUGGACGAUGGUGGCUUCGGCGAGGACCUGCACCCGGAGCGCUGGGAUGUGUCAGCGCUGGACGAGAUGGCUCGCUACACCAAGUUGGGCCUCGGGGUGGGAGGGGAGCUGCUGGCCUGCUCUGAGGAGGCCGUCCUGAUGGGCCGCUGGGGGAGAAGCAGGGAGGAACAGGAGGAGGAAGAGGAAGAGGAGAGGAGGAGGAGGAACAGUCAUACAGCACCUGCUGUCACCCAGGAAGUCCAGGCCACUGCUGCGGGGAGGGAGGAGGGGCGUAUCUCUGUUGCCACGACAACGGAGAGUGAGUUAUGUGUUGCAGGAAGAGUGGCCAGUGGAGAAGGAGGAGGACAGGAUCAGGGAAUGUCAAGGGAGCGUACUGUGGAGGUGUACCAGGUGGCACAGGAGGAAGAGGUGGAGGAGGCGGUGGCGGCGGCAGCAUCUGCGACAGGUUUGGCUCUGGAGCACUGCAGUGAGGAGCACAACUACUCCCUGAGCCAGGGAGAGGAGCUGGGGACAGGGCCUGGUCACAACUCCCAGACAGAGGUGGUGCGGGCCGUGGAGACACAGCAGGAGGCACAGGGUAUGGAGGAGAGCCAGGCCGAGAUUGAGCUCGAUCUGGAGGAUGAGGAUGAGGAACAGGAAGAGGAGGAGGAGGAGGAGGAGGACGAAGAAGAGGAGGAGGAAGAAGGAGAGGAGGGAGCGGAGGAGACGGCGGUGGAAGCUGAACUCUCCAGCUCCUCAGAAACUGAAUGUGAGGUGGAGGCCGAGCCAGUGAGGCAGCCAGGUGAGCGCCAGUCGAAGCGUCGCUGUUUCUGGGAGUACCGACGUGCUCGAGAGACGGCCACAAAGAAGAAACUGGGUGGAGACGUCCACUGGUCCCUCUCCUGGAGUUCAAGCACUCUACCCAGCACACUGUACCGCAGAGAGGGCAAAAAAGGGCGACGCAAAGCUCGUAAGACAGACGCCAGCGACCUGACACCAAACCCCCAGAAGCUCCACAACAUUGGGGAGCAGCUGCAGAAGCUCAACGCUGCCAUCGACGGCAUGGGUCCGGUCAAUGACCUGCCCGCUGUGGCUCGAGCCCGGUCCCGUAAAGAGAAGAACAAGCUGGCCUCCAGGGCCUGUCGGCUGAAGAAGAAGGCCCAGCACGAAGCCAACAAGAUCAAGCUGUGGGGGCUCAACCAGGAGUAUGAGAACUUGUUGGGAGCUCUACUGCGGAUCAAGGAGGUGAUCCGGCGACGGGUGGAGAGCAGCGAGGAAGAGGACACAGACGAGCGAGGGAUGACCCAACGUCUGGAAGACAUCCUCCGAGAGUCCAGCGGUCCUUUAGUUGCCGGUCGGACCAAAGACUUUGUGCAGAGGAUUUUGGCGGCCAGCGCGGGCGGUCAGAACCAACGCAAAGAGCCCCCGCAGGGAGACGAUGAGGCAGCGGGUUAAAUUUACCCAAUGUCCCUGUUCCUCUUCAUCCUCCUCCCUUUUCCACUGCCUUCUCCUCCCAGCAUCACCAACCAACCCGACCUGACCAAGCUUCUCUACACUGCCUCCACUGUCCAGUUGUACACAUCUGAGUAAGAGAUGAAGAGGUGAAUAUGCUGGGAGGAGGAGAAAGAAGAGGAGGAGGAGGAAGAGGAAGAGGGUAGCCUAAACAAUAUGGGAGUAAAUUGCCACCCUGCUCCUGGUCCUCUCCUGUUGGCCCUCCAAGCAGCAGCCGUCUUCACCACUCUGUUCCUGCAGGCUGCACCGCAACCACCACCAGGCCAGAGCUGCUGCUGCUGCUGUAUUCUGUGUUUUCUGUCUGUGUGUGCAUGUUUGUUAGUGUGUGUGUGUGUGUGUGUGUGUGUGUGUGUGUGUGUGUGUGUGUGUGAGUGUUGGACAUGUAACAUACUGUAUGAGCGUGUAUAGUGUUCCUCUCUCCCUCUGUGUGCUGUAUUUGUAUCCCAGUGUGCCUAUGAAUAGACAUUGCACUGUUUUGUAGAUGGUCGUAGUUGCCUGCAGGGGACCGGUAGUGAGCCGAGGGCGAGGGGGCAUUUGAGGAUAGAGGAAGCGCUGAAAUAAGGAAGUGGGAGGAGCCCAGGCCUGGAAGACAAAGACAUGGGUGUGUGUGUGUGCGUGUGUGUGUGUGUGUGUAUAUAUAUUUGGCUGGGCUCUUAUAGAAGCUCUGCAUACCUUUGGGAUUGCAUCGACAUCUGAAAUGUCAGUAAAUGUUGUGACAUACAACAAGUGAUAGAGUCCUGAUGCCAGACCAGCUGUUGGUGGAAACAACAGCCUGUUUGUUGUGGGAAAGUCCAUGGAGCUUUAAUAAACCCCUCCCCAUCUCACAUACACACACACACACACACACACCUCCCUUUUUAACACUCCUUCACCCCAUCAAAAUGUAAAGCAAAGUCAAAAACGAAAGCGAAAAACUGCACCUUAAUUCAAACUGACCAAAGAUAAGUGAUACUGCUGAACCACUCGGACACCAAAACCUCUCACUGCUUCAGAUGCUGCCAACCAUUAAAACAUUGUUUUGUUUUGGGAAGUGAGGGAUAAGGGACAGAAAUAUUUCGAUUGUUGCCAUGUUUACUCACGUGCAUCCUUCAAGGAUGAUGUUACUGAAUGGACUUUAAUUCCCCCUCGCCUAAAUGCACUACUAUCAUAGACCUGAGAAACCAUGGUGUGACGGGAAAUAACUGACAGUUUAUUAUUUGGUCAGCCUUUUAGCUCUGCAGCCUGGUGCUCCUUUAGCUUAUCUGCAGUGGCUUUAUUUUUAACCCACAAAAGGGAAGUGUCCUCAAUGCCUUCCCCAAGCCCUCUCCUCAACCCCUGACCUGAUUAUGUAGCGCACCUUCCUCAAUUGCAUUGACAAAUAGAGAAAAACACUUGUAGAUCUAGAAAGCAAAUAAGUUUGAUUUUUGUUUUUUAUUAUUAUUAUUAUUAUUAUUAUUAUGAUUUUGUUGUUAUUUGGCAAUGCCACAACCCACAUAGUGGGUGUCAGUCUUGAGAGUUUUGAAAUCUGCCUUUCUUCUGUGGUCUUUGCUGAAGCUGAAGACCAACCUGUCCAAGGUCUCUAAAUGUUGUUGGACAUUAAAAAAAAAAAAAAAAGUUAAGGACCCUUUGAAUUGCACUGUGGUAAAAAAGCAACUAAGCACCUUCGUAGAGGGCUUUAGAUCCUCCAAAAGAGAGAGGAAAAAAAAGACUCUUGGCACCUUUGUCUAAAGACAGACAUUGAUUGAGAGACUUGCUAUGGGCGCUUAGCGCUUCGCUGCCAACUGGUGGUCUCGGUUUGUUUCAGUAUGGUGCUACUGUUUGAUGAAAAAAAAUAAAGCAAUGCAAACCUGAGCGGAGGCAUCAGGCAGUAACUGCUGACUGGGUUUUGGCCGGCGAGCACAUACUGUUGUAAUAGGCAGUUUGUUUGCAUAAUGACGCCUUUCUCAAGUGCCUGGAGCUGAAAGCCACAGGGACCUGUGUUAUUAUGCCUGAUCUUAAACCCUAUUACAAGGUAAAACGUAACCCGUGACUACUGCUCCGAGCUUGGCCUCACUUGAUCUUACUUCGUGGGGAAAAAAAAACCUACGGGCCUGUGUGUUAGGUCUUAUCACACUUUCAGCCAAAAAAGUCAACCAAAAUGUUUUGCUUUCAGAUUCAAACCUGUACAUGGAAACAGUAGCUGGCACCAGUUUCUGUGAACAUCAUCUCUGGGAAAUAUAAUUCGAGGAGUGGCUGUUAGCUAAGCAAUUCCCUUUUGUUUUUCAACCUUGAUGAGCACCCGUCUGGGCUGCGUUCCAAAGCUGCUGCUCCAUAACAUACUGUUCUCCUCCUAUGGAAAAUCCAUUUCCUGUCUCAACCAGGAGAGAAGCAGUUAACGUUAAACUCUUCACCUCCUUGAGGUGUCAUCGUCAUGGUCAUUUUGAAUACGAGAGUGGAGUCCAGGACCAUUUUUUCUUGCUACUGUUUAAGUUUCUGUUUCCUUUUUAUCCUGGGAAAUGUUGCUCAUGGUUGUAUGAGUAUAGAAGUGUACUGUAAACAGAGGAUUCCUGUCGUUCAGAUGAAAAGGUUUUACUGUGCAGUUUCUGCCACUGGUGAACAGAGCUUCUAAGCUCUGAUGCCAAAGACAGAUAGUCUGUGGUUUUGCAAUAAAAGAUGCCUGAUGCAACAAUGAGACGCUCUGAUGUCACAUUAAACAUCACCGCAGAAACCUGGUCAGGUUUUCAUGAGAUCAUUUUACAGUAAAAAAAAAAAAGAAAGAAAAGAAAA